AUGUUUCGCAAGUAUCACGUCGAGACGACGCAGCAGCUCAAAUCAUCGGUACAGAGGGGUAUCCGAGCGAAGAUCUCUGAUCAGUAUCCCGCCUUGGACGAUGUCCUCGACGACAUCAUGCCCAAGAAGGCUGUUGUUGUCUUGGGCAAGUGCGCGGACAAGGUCAACGUGGUGCUCGUGGACGACGUGCCGAUAUUUUUCCAGCACCGCGACGGGCCGUACUUCCCCGUGUUGAGACUCGUUCACAGAUACCCGGAGAUGAUGCCGCGAUUACGCGUGGACAAGGGCGCCAUCCGGUUCGUGAUAUCUGGGGCGAACAUAAUGUGUCCCGGUCUCACGUCAGCCGGGGCGACGAUGCACGACGAGUGCGAGGCGGACGAACCGGUGGCGAUCUACGCCGAGGGGAAGGAACACGCGUUGGCGAUCGGGAUCACGAAGAUGAGCACGGAAGAGAUACGAAGCGUGAAUAAGGGAAUCGGCGUCGACUUGGUGCACUACCUCCGGGACGGUUUGUGGACGGCGACCGCGUGA